GGGCGAGCCGUGAAGAAUCUACAGAGGCGAGGCUUGCACGGACGACAGCUGCCGUACUACACACAUGACUUAUUGGUCUCGCACCGCAAGAAGAAAAGCCGGUAUUCGUGGUCUGAAAGAUGAUUGCCACGUGGCGUGGAUUUGGUGCUUCGCUGUGGCUCUGCUGCGCCUUCUUCUACUUACUGGACAGGCUUACUGAAGGGUGCAUUGUUACUGCUCCCAGUCUCGUCAGGCUGGGCGCCCAAGAAACGGUGCUGGUCAGAAACAGGGGAAACGCACCCAAGAAUGUCACCCUGCGAGCCACCGACUACCCCGCUGAAGCGCGCCUUCUCUUUGCGGAGUCAUUUCUUCUGGGAGGCGGUGAGGAAAAGCUGGUGCGCAUGAAGCUGGACGAGACGAAGUUCGCCAGCGAAGACCUGCAAUCGAACCGCUCGAUGUUCGUUUCCCUGAGAGUCCACUGCAGCGGCGAGUUCAACAAGACGGCGGUUUUGCUGCUGAAGCCGAGUUCGGGGUACCUGUUUGUCCAGACGGACAAGCCCGUCUACAGCCAAGAGCAGCACGUUCGGAUACGAACUGUGGCCGUGGAUGACGCCUUGUUCCCUUCAGCCGACACCGUUCACCUUGAGAUUAAGAAUCCGCAAGACGUUGCCACUUACGCGUGGGACGUUCCGUCAGACGCUCAAAACACUGGCCUCGUCAGCCAUACGUAUCAACUCCCGAAGUACCCUAUGUUCGGCAAGUGGAAAGUCAUCGCAACGCAUGGACGACAUAAAAACAAAAAAGCCGAGGUUUCGUUUCAAGUGAAGGAAUACGUUCUGCCAACGUAUUCGGUUAUUAUUCGGACGGAGAAAGUGAUUCCACCAACUCGCCCUGAGAUUCUCGUAAACGCAAGCUACGUUUACGGGAAGCCAGUGAAAGGCAACGCGGUCGUCACGUUUGCGGUGCGUAACGAAGUCAACAGCGACGUCAAGUUUGGUACCAGACUUAUUGGGAAGCUGAGUGAAGGGAGGGCACGUUUCGCGGUUCCCAUUGACGAACUGAAGAACGGCAGCGACUGGAAGGACUGGGUCCAUGGCAGCAGACUUUUAGUGCGAGCCCUGGUCGUUGAGGAAGCGACGGGCAAGCAGGAGGCCGCGCAGGAUGACUCGGCCGUCUUCAGCAACUCGGCCUACACCGUCAGUCUGGAGAACACUCGACGAGACUUUAAGCCCGGCACCGUACUCGCGGUCGUGGCGGACAUCCGUCAUGCGAACGGCGAACCAGCCAAUCGCGUUGAAGCAGAAAUGACUGUGACGAAUGAAAAUGGUACCGAAAUAAGAGAAUACAAGGAAAAGAGCACAACGAACGAAGAGGGCAAGCUGUUCUUCGACUUCAUAACUCUUAAAGAUCAACAACGACUGAACAUCAAGGUUCGUACUACAAAGCAAGAAGAAUACCACCAGGCCGAUGCCUCUACGACGCUCUACAAGUACACUUCACCGGCGAACGCCUUCAUCUCCAUACGACACAGUCCAUAUAACAAAGGCGAAUUCUGGGUAGGAAACAAUUUCGCAAGGCUCAUAACUACAUAUCCGGAGGAUAUCUCCACGGUGUUUUACCAGGUCAUGGCACGUGGCAAGAUCGUGUUGCACAAUAGAAGCAAUCGAGAUGACUACAACCGACAUGAGGUGCGCUUUAAGCUCACCGAGGAGAUGGCACCCAAGUUCCGGUUGCUGGUCUUCGGAUUCCACCAGGGUCACGUGGUAGCCGACUCGGAAGACUUCGAGAUUGGUGAAGACUGCUCCUCCUCUUCUGAGGCGAGUCCACGUCCGUACGCGCUAUCGCCUAUUAAAGUGGUGACCGAAGGUGGCAUCAGGGAGCCUGGCGUCGAGGAAUCGUUUGGUAUCGAAGGAAAGCCAAACACGAGAGUUGGUCUACUAGCCGUCGAUAAAGCCGCUUACCUCCUUGGUGAAGCCAGCCUGCUCACCAGGAAGAAGCUAUUUGGUGCGCUCCGGUCUCACGACCUGAGUUGCGGUCCAGGCGGAGGUGUCACGGCGGAAGAGGUUUUUGCCAACGCUGGCAUCGUCCUCAUCUCGGCUGAGGAUUCCGUCGACAGCAUCACUUCAGAAAACAGUUGUGCUGCCAAGGCUCAUCGCCGCAAGAGGGAUGUCCGUGACGCAAGACUUCAGUUGUCCGAUCCGUUUCUGCGACUCUGCUGUGACGUGGGCACCGUGCCGGACAGACUACGGAGACACUGCUCUACCCGGGAGGAGAUCAUCCGACGCCACUACAACAGCCCUCAGGGCGACCAAUGCGCCGACGCCUUCGCUCUCUGCUGCGCUCGCACAUUCCAGUUCAAUGAAAGACCCUCGUUCAUGGACAACACCGACUACUCAAGAGCUCGGAUUGGCGACUCAGCGGAUGUUUUCGACAAGGAAGAUCUUUCGGCCAGCGUAGCGCUGAGACAGGAAUUCCGGGAGACGUGGGUGUUCGACGAAGGAACGAUUGGGGACAGCGGCUGGUACAACCAAUCUUUCACUCUGCCGGACAGCAUCACCACGUGGUCUGUUCAGGCAGUGGCGGUGUCGCCUCGAGGGGGCGUUUGCGUCGCAACACCCAUCGAGAUUGUGGCCUUCAAAAAGAUGUUCCUGCAAGUCACCUUUCCAUCGACGGUCGUCAGGAACGAGCAGGUCGACAUCGUGGCGACGCUGUUCAACUACGACGAUAAAUCGCACAAUGCCGAGAUCUCCCUGUACGGAGUUCCAGACUUGUGCAUCGCGUCGAAGCAUCCUCGUCUGCCGCACAAGAAAAACCUCCGAGUGGAGAAAAACUCCGCCGGCAGCGUCAGCUUUCCCGUGGUCCCCUUGCGACAGGGCACCUUUCCCAUCACAAUUCGCCUUCGAGGUAGUGGCAGUAGUGAAGAUGUCAAGAAGACGCUCACAGUCGUGCCUGAAGGGACACCCGUUGAGCAGAGCUUCUCCGUCACAGUUGAUCCAAGCAACGAACAACGUCGGCGAAAGAGAGCCGUUGUGACAAGGGCGUACAGAGAUGUCUUGGAGCAAGACGACCAGCUACAGCUGAUAACGAUAACCCCACGUUAUCCUCAUAACACGGUACCGGACACUGAAUCGUGCACUGUUUCGGUCAUAGGCAGCGAAGCGGCUUCAGUCGGAGGAGCGUCUAUCGCGAACGUCGAGUCUCUGAUAUCGAUGCCAAAGGGAUGCGGAGAACAGACCAUGAUGAUCAUGGCACCGGCACUCUACGCGCACAAGUAUCUAAAGGUGAAGAACAUGCUGAACGAAUCCGACAGAGGCCACGCUCUGAAAUAUCUGCUCGAAGGAUACGGGCGCGAGCUGAAAUUUCGAAACGAAGACGGAUCGUUCGCCGCUUUCGAGAAGAGGCCUGGGAAUGUAUGGUUGACCGCAUUCGUGCUCAAGGUUUUCUGCGAGGCCCGAAACGUCAUCGACAUAAGCCCUGACGUCAUUGAGAAGGGACUGUCGUGGCUUUCGGGGCAGCAGCAACCCGACGGCAGUUUUCGAGAGCUCAACCCCAUUUUACAUCGAGAAAUGCUGGGAAGCGUUCACGGAGCAACGGCGAUGACUGCAUUUGUUCUGCUCACGUUUCAAGAAUGCGCGGCUGCAUCAGCUCCUGUGGCUCAGGGUAUCAACCCGACGAUCGCACGUGCUCAGUUCUAUAUCCGGGAGAAAUUGGACGCCAUCGAGGUUCCGUACAUUGCAGCUCUGACGGCGUACGCUCUGAGCUUUGCUCCCGGACCCGACCGGCAAAAGUCAAUGGAGAUCCUGAAAGCUCAUCUGCUCGAAGACACUGAGAUGAACUCACUCAGCACUGGUGACGAGGCUACUGGCGUUGACGUGGAAGGCACCAGCUACGCGCUGCUGGCGCAUCUCAAGCACAAUGACAUGGAUUCGAGCAAGAAGUUUGUGAACUGGCUUCUUCGUCAUCGCUCAGCUACGGGGUCUUUCGUCUCAACUCAGGACACCGUCGUGGCACUUCAAGCCCUCUCCGAGUACUCAAUACGAGCAUCUACUGCAGCUCCGGAUAUUUCUGGUGUGGUCUUCGCCGAUAAUACGAAGCAGCUGCUCCGCGUUAAACGGGACAACGCUGCUUUGUUGCAGGAGUUUCAGAUUGUCGACGCCCGAGGAAAAAUUGUCGUUAACGCCUCGGGAACGGGAACAGCAGCGCUGAAUGUCAAGCUGAGGUACAACGUCCUGGCCACACCCCAACAAGAAUGCAAGUUUUCUAUUUCUGUGGCAGCUGUAGUCUACAACGAAUUCCUCGACCAGGGUCUUGGAGGAAUAUGCGAUCUCGCCAUGAAAAGGCUGGGAUUGCUGCACUGUCCGCAACGAGCGUCCAGACACCGCGUUGGAAGAGCAGCGGCCUCAGGACGGCCACCAAACAAUCCUGGAAAGAAGGACACCUAUGAGAUAAAAGUGUGCACAAGAUACUUGGGCGGGAACGAAUCGAACAUGGCUAUCGUGGAUGUUGGUAUUUUCACCGGAUUCAAGCCCAAUACAGAUGAUCUGAAGAAAGUUGUCAGCGAUAAUGCAGAAGUUGGAAAAUACGAAGAAGGAGAGAACCGCGUCAUCUUUUAUCUACAAACGGUGAAAGCCGCGACGGAGACCUGCCUGAAGUUUCGGAUUGACAGAGAAUUUAACGUGACAAAUCUUCAGACUUCCACUGUGAGCGUGUACGAUUACUACGAAGGCAGUGUGUCUCCUUCACAGCCCAACGUUGGCGCGUCUUGCAGCAAGUCCUAUGGACCGGAGGCAGAGAGCUCCUCCGUGAAACUUUUUUGCGAUGGAAAUAUGUGCAAGUGCGCCACAGCGGAGUGUCCCGUCAACGAAACAUUCAGUGACGUCAUCAAGACUGCAAAAGGUUCCUCCAACAGGCGUGCUGACACGAAGUCGGACCAGCAAGCCCUCCGAAAGAUCGCAUGUGACGAACACGACUAUGUGUGGAAAGGAAACGUUUCUGCAAACUACGUCAUCGCAGGUUACAGGCACCUUGCUUUCUACAUCAAAAGAGUUAUCAAAGAAGGUGAAGAAAACGAGACUAUAGAGGGCCAGACGCGAGUGCUCGUCGGUCGCCAGCUGUGCAACACGACAGACCUCGGCGUAGGACGCCAGUACAUAAUAUUCGGCAAGGACAGCGACCAACAAAUCACCGAUGGAGACGCGAGUAUCCGGUAUCCGUUGGACCACAGAGUUCGCAUCCACGACGUGGCAAGUGCGCGUGGACACAUUAAAAGAAUGCUGACCUGGCUCUCUGACAGAUUUCCCAGGGAGAAUGGCUGCAACGAAUAAACGUUU